CCUACCAUCAUCACUUGACCGUUAUGCCGUCCUCCUCCUCCUUCUCCCUCUUCCAUUCAUCUUCCUCUUCAAGCUUUUCCCCUUCAGUAUUCUAGAAUCCACCACGCUCCUCCUCUUUCACUUCUCACUCCUUACUCCUUUCUCGGCAAGUAUGAAGAAAAUCCCUUUCCUUUAACCCCAAAUUCUUCGCAACAUUCCUCUGCUGCCCGCUUUAGACCGCUGAGAUUACAACAGAUAUCUCUUUGCCCUGUCGUACUGCCAAAUGGGUUGUUUUCUUGGAUGCUUUGGCGGGUCUAAGGAUCGCAAACGCCGAAAACAGAGGAACAAGGUCAUCCCUCGAGACCAACAACACAGGCAUGGAGGCCAAAACUCUCUUCAGGGUACCGUGUCUACUACUGAGCAGCCGAUUAAAGAAUCACCACCGACCAACUUGGUUUCCACAGAGUUGCGGGAUAAUCCUGAAGAGAAAUUGAGCCCAUUGAGCUCAAGCAAUAGAAAAAGAGUUACAUUCAAUUCAAAUGUAACAACAUAUGAGAAUGUUUCAGUUAUUGAGGGCACUGAGUUUUUCCCGGAGGGUAAAGAAGUUAUUGAGAAGGAGAAGGGGGAUAUUUUGGUACAAUCAAGUAAGUCUGAAUCUGAAGAUGAUUCGAUUACAUCAAGUAUUGGAUCAUACCCUCGGAACCAUAGGUAUCAGAACUGCAGGGACAGUGAUGAUGAAGCUGAAGUAUUUGGUGAUAGUGACUUGGAAGAUGAUGGCGACAAUGGUGAAGACUACAGUGAUUAUGAUGAAGAUGGGAAUGACCAAAUCUUUGGUCAAGAAGUCCAGUCUGGCUCAGGAUUAACAGCAACUAUGGAGUCAAGAACAGAUGAUGUUUCAGAUAGAUUAACUUUGGGGGAGGUCGAGAGUCCAAUGAAAGCAUCUUUCUUGCCUGAACAAGAAGUCAAAACUCUUGGGCUCAACAGAAAUGCACGGAGUAGGAGUGCUUAUAUUCAUCCUGUGCUGAAUCCAGUUGAGAAUCUUACCCAGUGGAAAACAGUGAAAUCAAGAGGGACUUCACAGUGGAAACCCCAGAAGGAGAAUUUUUCUGCAGAACUUGAAGUACCUCGUAUGUCAUUCAGCUCACAACCAACUUUUAAGCAGCCAUCAUCUGGUCUCAAGCAAAAAUCAGACUUGUUCAAUACUUUGAGUCAGGACAUUGCUGUGGAUGCUAGUCUUUCGACUUGGUUAGUUGGCCCAGACUCCACUCCCGCCAAGACGAGCCUUAACAGUCUUGAAACGGUUACUUGCGAGAAGGUUAGCAGCACGUCACCAGGUUCAAAUUCAGUGAGAAGCUUUGAAGAUAGACCAAUUUUAGGUGCAUUGACGGUUGAGGAGCUGAAACAGUUAUCAGCAGCAUCCUCCCCACGAAGGUCACCUAGUUGGAGCCCUGAUGAGAUGCCUAUCAUAGGAACUGUUGGAACUUAUUGGAAUGACUCGGUAUCAUCUAAGGAUUCUCGGUCAGCGUCAUCUUAUAAAGGCAUACCAAACACCACCAGCAAGUAUAGAGAGGAUAAGAGAAUUAAUUGGCACAACACGCCUUUCGAGACAAGACUAGAGAGAGCUUUGAAUAGAGGUGCUGGUGAAGCCUAAAUUUCUAAAUACUUCCACCGUCUGUUAGGGGAAGGAUGUGGGAUGCUUUUCUUUAUUACUGCAAUUUCCUCCUUUUGGGUCAUUUUCAUCCUUUUGGGGUGUUUUUUUUUG